AUGGAAGGCAGAGUCCGGGAAGUGGCUGACAAAAUCCAGGAAGCGCGACUUUGCUGGUUCAGAUGCCUAUGGAGGAGGAGCAAAGAGAACCUGGUGAAGACCUCAUGGCAGGAUACGGUGGUAGGAAAGAGACACCGAGGAAAGCCAAGGAAGCAGUUGCCUUCUUAUUACAGCAGUCUCAUCAGGGAGGCACAGAGCCCUCAGACCAUGUCAAAUCUGCUCCGAGGGCAGUCGUCAGCAAUGCACGACGUUGUCUGUCUUUGGCCGCAGCCGCAUAUGAGAUCCUUUAACAGGCCCCAGGAAAUCUGCAGGUCCCCAAAGUUCACAGAAGAGGAAAUGAGCCGGACUGAUGUCAAACAGGGCCAGCUGGGCGACUGCUGGUUCCUGGCUGCAGCUGCGUCUCUCACCCUCUACCCAUGACUCAUGCAGAGGGUGGUACCCAGAGAGCAAAGCUUUGCACAAGAGGACUAUGCUGGCAUCUUCCAUUUCCAGUUCUGGCAGUAUGGGCAGUGGGUGGAUGUGGUGGUUGACGACGGGCUGCCUGUGAAGAACGGAGAACUGGUUUUUGUGCGCUCCUGCCAGAGCAAUGAAUUCUGGAUGCCCCUGCUGGAGAAAGCCUAUGCCCAGCUCAAUGGCUCUUACAAGGCCAUGAACGGCAGGUACAUGAAUGAGGCCUUUGUGGACUUCACAGGUGGGGUCGGGGAAAGCUACCAGCUCAAGAUGCCCAACCCAGAGCUCUUCAAGGUUAUCUGCGUGGCCCUCAUGAAAAGGUCUCUGAUGGGGGCACACAUCAAGAUCACCCGGGAAGAGGACAUGGAAGGACACACAUCAGAGUGGCUGGUGAACGGACAUGCCUACUCCAUAGGCUGCUCACAAGGUGGGCCUCUGGAUCACGGGGGGCAAGAAGCUAUAAAGCUGCUGAGGAACUCCUGGGGAAAGGUGGAGUGGAACGGCCGGUGGAGCGACCACUCCUCGCUGUGGGCAGGGCUGGAUCCCCAGCUCCAGAAGAGCCUACAAGUGAGAAAGGAAGACGGGGAAUUCUGGAUGCAAAUGGACGACUUCCUGCAGUACUUUGACAGCCUGGAGAUCUGCAGCCGGACUCCAGCCUUGCUGGAAGAGGAGAAGGAGGUCAGCUGGAACGUUCACUCCUUCCAGGGUUGCUGGAGCAUUGGCUUUACCGCCGGCGGGUGCAGGAGCUCGGGCCUUCGAGACAGCUUCUGGAUGAACCCCCAGUACAACGUCCGCCUGCUUGAGGUGGAUGAGUCGGACCUGCGGAAGCAGCGCUUGGACCCCAGCUGCACUCUGCUGGUUUCCCUGAUGCAAAAGGACCGGUGCCAGGGCAGGAAGAGGGGAAAGGACUUUCUGCCCCUUGGCUUUGAGAUCCUGAAGAUGCCCAAGGAGUACCUGGAGCAGAAGACUAUGUCCCAGUGGAGGGCACUGCUACAGCCUCUCCAUGCUGUGUGUUGGACCUUGCACAUCCCUAUGAGGGAUGUCACCGGCCGCUACAGGCUGCCGCCAGGGGAUUAUCUCAUCAUCCCCAGCACUGGCUACCCGAUGGAGGAGUCUGAAUUCACCCUGCGCAUCUUCACAGAGAAGGCACACAAGUUCCUGGAAAUUGAUGAUGAAAUCCGAGCAGACACGAGACCCCUUCAGGCUGUUUUUAUUAAGUACGACCUGGACCUCUCAGGGACAAUGAACAUCCAUGAAAUGCAGCUGGUGCUGGAUGCAGCAGGUUUCCACUUGAACCACCAGCUGAGGGAGGUCAUCACAAGCAAAUACCGCAACUGCUACCUGAUGAUCAACUUCGACAGCUUCCUGUCCUGCAUGGUGCAGCUGGAAGCCAUCUUCAGGCAGGGCCGAGCGUAUGACAAAACCGGUGAUGGGAUGAUCACCAUGACACAGAAGGAGGUGAGAAGCACAGGUUACUGCCUCUCGCUCACAGCGGCUGCUGAUCUUUGCCCCAAUGCGGGGCACUGAGCUGAGACCCCUAUUCCUUUUGCAGCAGCAUUUAGUAAGCCUGAGGCUCAUGCUCAUGAGCUUCCGUGUUCAGGCUGCCCUGACCUGUUGUGUUAUACCACCUCAUGCUCCACUGCUGGGUCUGGUCAGGAUGGGCAUGCACCAAAUCAUCCUUGUAAUCCCCCCCCUUGUCCUGUCCUUCAAGAGAAGGCAUUGGGAGCACCUGUUUAGCAGUGGAAGGAAGAAGGGCUGGUCUGAGCCAAGUAAAGUGCAGACAGGAGCAGGACAAACUUCUCCCACUCAGCUCUGCAAAGUGCCAAGCUACUCCUGGGUCUCCAACAGCUUGGCCGCUACACCUCAAUCCUGACACCUACUAGUACAGUUCGGAGAGUCCCACACGCAGCCAUGCUGGUGCCCCUCAGUCCCAAUCUGCAGCUCCCACUGCUAUCUCUGUCCAAGUCCACCUGCAAUCCCAAACCACAACCCCUUUCCUCUUCUCGUCCUGUUCCGGGCUCCUUCCCCACAGCUGUGCUUAACCCCCUUGGUCCCGAUCAGCCUCCCAACCCUGCUAUUACACUCCUGCCUCCACCCCACCACCUCUACCGAUAUCCCUCAAUUGUGGCUAUUCCACCCCAGGCUUCCGACACAUAGAUCUGCCAAUGCUAUCCAUCACCAUACUGCCCUUCCGGGCUUGGGCGUAUCUUGGACAAACCGUGCCAGCCAUCACUCCAGUGGCAAAGGACUAGCAUGUUUACCCAAUGCAUCACUCAGCCGCCACCGUAGGGCCCCGCUGAACA